ACCACACUGUAAUCCAUACAUCAGUCUGACAGAAAGAUGGACCUCGUGGUACAUGGAGGCCAGGUCCAGAUCUUCAUCAGGACGUCGGUGGUUCUUUUUCUCAGUCAUGGAGAUCGUCAUCACAAGACUUUAGUAUGACACUUCAGUCACAUGAUUACAGGUGCUUGUUUCUUGCUAAAUGAAGAAAGAUCAAGGACGCUUUAACAAUGGAAGGCAAUGGAAUGCUCUGCACGUUCACACUGUAAAUCGUGUUCAGCACCCUGACUACAACAAUGAGCUCACCCAGUUCCUGCCUCGUACCAUUGUAUUGAAGAAACCUCCAGGAGCACAGCUGGGCUUCAACAUCCGUGGGGGCAAAGCGUCACAGCUGGGGAUCUUUAUAUCCAAGGUGGUCCCGGACUCGGAUGCCCAUAGAGCAGGUCUGCAGGAGGGAGACCAGGUUCUUUCUGUAAAUGAGGUUGAUUUCCAAGACAUAGAACACUCGAGAGCUGUAGAGAUUCUGAAGACUGCGCGAGAGAUACUGAUGCGGGUUCGCUUCUUUCCUUACAAUUACCAAAGGCAGAAGGAGAGGACUGUACAUUAGAUGAGAGGAGAGGAGGGGGCGGAGCCUGUGCAGCUGCGUCACUGCUCGUCAUCAGCCUCCUCGUACAGUCUCUGGCCUCCACUGCGUCUCAGCUUCACGAUGACUGAUGUAUGACUAACAGGCUCACUUGAAGUCCUCUGUGUUCGGACAAAAUGUACUCCGUUAUGGUCUGUUUCCUCAGUCAUCCAGAUACCUGAUCGCUCCCUAAUCUGCUGUGAUACAUGGGGGUUCUUUGACUCUUACAGGAUGUAUCCACAGGGGAAGAUACGGUACAAGCAGAAGGAUUAAUAAGACAUUUCACCCGAUAAAUUAUGGGACCGAUACACCUCUCUUAGUGAACCAUGAUAUUUGUAGACCGAGCAUUCGUUUUUCCCUCCAAGGCCUGUGAUUAAUGUUUCUACUGUAGACAUCUGUCUUGAUGAUAAAGACAUGAAGGGGAUCCAGAUGCUCAGCUGAGUGAUGAUUAUGUACACCCACCUAAAACUAAUACAUCAGCCUGGCACUUACUAGUUUUUCCUGGAGCUUUUGAAAACAUGUUAUGGUGUAGUAUCUUUAUAAAAAAAAAAAAAGUUUUUAAUGCCAUAUGUUGACAAACUGUACAUACAAAAGAAAUAUGCAUAUGACAGCAUGGCCUGAUAUAUUUUAGGAUAAAUGAUGGUGCAAGACUUCUGGUAAAUAUCACUGAUUGUAAUAUCUCUGAAUAUUCCGUAAAUCUAAUUUUUAAAAGCGUAAUUGUUCGAAUACUAAUUUGCGUAUGUGUACAGGGAGUGCUGAUACUAAUAUACUGUUGUAUUAAAUAACAUGCUUCUGGCCUGAAAAUGUUUAAUUAUUGAAUGUAUGAACCGUGUAUUUGAGAGGCCAAAUAGUAGACAACUAACGCCUAACGUGACGUUAUGGAGGACGGCGACCACACAUCGCGCCCUGCAUCUCAAAACCGCUGGACUUUUUGGUUUAAUAUUCAGAUCAUCAGAUGCACGCUCUGGAAGUACAAUAAAUCUGUAAACAUUUGAAAAGUAUAGAAAAUAUUUUAAUACCAUCUGUAUUUCAAUGCAGUAUGCCAGUAAACAGGGUUUUUUAAAAUAUGUGCGUGUUGCAUCCCAACACCAUCUCAUCACGACAAAGUAGUUUCUAGCACCACAUUGACGUGGUCAAAAUAAACAUUUUGAACUCUG